UGUCACCGCCCUUGUUGGGAGUCGUACAGUGCGAGGGAGCAGAAGGCUGUUGAGGAAAUGCUGUUUGGUCAGUUCAAGUUCUCAAGUUCGUGCUAUAAAGAAGCGUGAUAAUCAAAUAGCUAUAUCGAGUCUGCCCGUGGUCGUCUGGAACCAAAGCGUUUGGAUACGCAGCCUGACACACUGGGCCCAGUCACAAGGAUCCUGAAUAAGACGUCUCGGUACAGCAGUCAGCACCCAGCAGCGUGACCCGCCUCACCCGCCCGAAGCAGCCAUGGCGCUCCCCUUCCAGAAGGAACUGGAGAAGUACAAGGACAUCGACGAAGAUGUGCUCCUCGACAACCUGUCCGAGGAGGAGCUCAAACAACUGGAAAUUGCUCUGGAGGACAUGGACCCCGAGAAUGCACUGUUGCCAGCUGGUUUGAGACAGAAGGAUCAGACCAGUAAAUCUGACACCGGUGCCUUUGACCGGGAACAGCUGCUCAAAUACCUGGAGAAGGAGGCCCUGGCGUAUAAGGACCGAGAGGAUGUGGUCCCUUUCACUGGGGAGAGGAAAGGUAAGGCGUGGGUGCCCAAACAAAAGCCAAUUGACAUACGCCAGGAAGAAAUUACGACUCUGGACCCGGAGCUGGAGGAAGCCCUCUCCAGUGCCACCGACACUGAGCUGUGCGACCUUGCAGCUAUCCUCGGUGUGCACACGCUGGUCACAAGCACACAAAGCUACGAUGGAUCUAACAGAGAUGGCUACAACAACGUCGUUAAAGGGGAAAAAGUCAAACCCGUCUUCGACGAGCCGCCAAACCCCACCAACGUGGAAGAGACCCUGCAGAGGAUAAAGUCCAACGACGCAGCUUUGACCGAAGUCAAUCUAAAUAACAUCAAGAACAUUCCAAUCCCAACGCUGAAGGACUACGCCAAGGCCAUGGAGAAGAACACGCACGUGAAGAAGUUCAGCCUCGCGGCAACGCGGAGCAACGACCCCAUCGCCGUGGCUUUUGCAGACAUGCUGAGAGAGAACAAGAGCUUAAAGAGCCUGAACCUGGAGUCCAACUUCAUCACCGGCUCUGGCAUACAGGCCCUGGUGGACGCCCUGAGAGACAACGACACGCUGAUGGAGAUCAAGAUCGAUAAUCAGCGGCAGCAGCUGGGCACCACGGUGGAGAUGGAGAUCGCCAAGAUGCUGGAGCAGAACACGAGCGUCAUCAAGUUCGGGUACCACUUCACCCAGCAGGGCCCGAGAGCCCGCGCCGCGGCCGCCAUCACCAAGAACAACGACCUGGUCCGCAGGAGACGGGUGGAGGGCGACGCGUAGGCCCGGGACGCUGGACCUCCGGACGCCGCCCCGCGCCCCCAUGGAAUUAUUUCAGCCGAACUGCUUGUCUUGUGCCAAACCGCGGAACAAGGCCACCUAGAAGAGCACCUAUCUGGGAAGAAGGGACAUGACUGGAAUAGCCCCUCUCCAUCAUUAAUGCUGAUUUAGUAUUGUUGUUAUUAUCAUUAUAGCGGUAUAAAAUGUAUAUUUUUUAGCAAUAGUGAUUUCAUUCAAGUUUUUUCCUCUUUUCUCCUAUGCUUGGGUCGCACAUGUUUUUUUUAAGUGUAGUUGUGGCAAGGUGGGGGCAAAUCAAAACCGACAUCACGCAAGAGUAGUGUUUGGGGACUUUACGUUGCCUUUUAUUUUUUAGCUGUUGAGAACCACGUUUUUAAAAAAAGCACAAAAAAAAACGGUUGGCACAGUAGCGCCUCACAGUUGACUGUAAUUAGGUUACAGUAGGGCAGAUGUUCUUAACUUUGCGUCACAGGGACUUUGUUUCGGGAUCCACUUUUUUUUUUUUAAACGAUCGCUAUGUAAUCGAGACGUGUCAUUCCAUAGCUUAACAGACACACCCUCUGUAAGAGUGCAUUGUACUUAAAAGGGUCGAUUGUGCACACGCACAUCUCUCUGGUGUAUUGUGUUGUCUCUUUGGCCAGAGCUUUAGUCAAAGUGUGUGUGUGGGGGUGGAGGGGUGUAUUUCAGUACUGGUUUGAGUUGUGGGAGAGACGGGGGGUUAUCUGAUUCAUAGAGGGUGGUGAGAGAGCAGUGGCUCAAAGCCCUUGCUUCUCUCAGCUCCACUGUUGUAAACACGCUCACUCACCAGUGCGUAUAAGAGCUCAGAGAUCUGCAGAGGCAGUAAUCAUGAGGAUAAUCACCAGAGUUUGCCAUUUGUGCUUUGACCUUUGCCAGUCGCACAGUGCAUAGUGCAAAAUGUCCGUUUGGGCGCGAGUGUCAUUUUGAGAUGUCUUCCCUUGACGCCAAGCCAUCCCCCGACUCUGUUUUUAAGGGGCUUCAGUUACAUACUCCAUUCUGUGUGUUCCCUCUGCCCCCAAAAGAUAGAGGAAAGACAUAUUGAGGAAUUAAACAAGUUUGACCAAGUUAUUAUUUUUUAAAGUUUCUUCCAAUGGCUUUUCUAAUACCAUGCCAAAGACAGUUUACCAUUUGUACCACUUUCCAAGGUGUUUCGGUUGCUUCAUUUCACGUUCUUCAGCUUGUAUUUUAUUACCUUAAAGGAAAAAAUAAGAUUAGGAGAGGAACUGCCUUACAAAGGCCCAUGCUGAGAAUUCCAGUCCUGGUUGAAAUUUAUAGCCUCCCCUUUGCAGCCAAGAGCUUUUUCUAUUUCCACAGUCGCAAUGAAAAUGUGAAUAAAAUACUGUUUAAUACGUGACCUCAUCUCUGAGACGCACCCUCUUGGCUAAAUGAGGCUUUUCCUCUCUGGCUGUGGGCCUUUUGAUGUAUAAUUUUGAUACCGGCAUGCAAAGGCUAUGAAAACUUUAGAGCAUGCUUUUAUUUUUUCAUGUAGAGUCAACUGGAUUGCACAGGGGAACAUUUGCAUAGUUAAAAUGUGAACACUUGGACCAAUACACCAUUUUGCUACUUCUUCCAAAUGUUUUUGAUCAUUGAUUAUUUGUUGUAUUUGCUCUGUUUCUUAUGCGUGGACAUGCAACGGUUCACUAAGCAUGAAUUGUCUUAAUCAUCUUGUAAAAAGAAAAAGAAAAAUAAACUAUGUUAAGCCUUACAGAAUUAUCGUAUAUACAGCUAAGUCCAGACAUAAGUUGAUCCUUGGUAGUUCCCUGUUCUUCUGUGAUGCUUGGAUAAUGGAACAUUAAAAUGUGUAUAAUGGAACAUCCAUCUCAGGCUGGUGAGACCUGUUCCAGCUGAGAUGCUUUCGUGUACCUCUCUUCAGCCUGCGUUACAAACUGCUGAGGUCAUUCAUCUUAAUGCUACAGUUCUGGACUCAAGAAGAGGAAAUAUUAUGUACUGUUAUAUACCACUUGGUAUGGUGGCACUGUAAAGUGGAAAACUUGCUCAACAAUAAAUGUUUUUACAUAUCACA